AUGGCCGACACCAGCAAAGCAGACCUCAUGUACCUGCGCAUGUGCGAGUCGCCGCCUUCCAAGAUGUUCACGCAAGACGAGCUCAAGCAGAUCAUCAACGAGCCCGAUUUGGUCAAGCUCUUGGGCUUGACCCAGAGCCUCAUCGACCGCAAGAUGAUGAAGUUGGUCAAGGUCGGCGACGAGUUGCGCUUCCAGGCCAUCUCGCUCCUGGAAACAAAGAAGCUCACGUCCAUGAACGACGACGAGCAGAUGAUCUACUCGCACAUCGAGGCCUCGGGCAGAGAGGGCAUCUGGACCAAGACGCUCAAGGCCAAAACCAACAUGCACCAGCACAUCGUCAUGCGCUGCUUGAAGCUGUUGGAGCUGCAGCGGUACAUCAAGCUGAUCAAGUCCGUCAAGCACCCGACGCGCAAGAUCUACAUGCUCUACAAUCUCCAGCCGUCCAUCGACGUCACGGGAGGGCCGUGGUUCACGGACAGCGAGCUUGACACGGAGUUCAUCGACUCGCUUUUGACGGUGAUCUGGCGCUUCAUCUCGCUGAAGACCUUCCCCACCGCGUUCCAGGAGCCGACGCCCAACACCAACAUUUUCCUGAGCGUGUACCCGGCACACCACGCGGGCUUUGCCAACUUGGAUGCCAUCAUGGACUUCAUCAUCUCGCACAAGAUCACCAACAUCGACUUGGGCACCAGCGACAUCCGCGCGUUGUGCGAGGUGCUCGUUUUCGACGACAAGAUCGAGUUGGUCGAGGGCUCUUUCGACGUGUACAAGGCCACGUGGCAGAGCGUGCUCGAGGCGGGCUACGGCCGCCAGUACAAUGACCCCAGCUUGCUCAACGAUGUCCAGAAGAGCUUUGUGGACCACUUGAACGAGACCCACCACUUCGAUCUUUUUGACCACUACGCGGUGAUCAACGACGAGGUGGCUCCGGAGGACGUGGCGCACUUGGACGCGUGGGCCCAGACGUAG